GAAAAUAAUCAGUAUUAUGCUGAUAUUACUAUCGAUAAUGAAGUUCUUAAAUCUUUACCUCAAGAAGGUUAUAUUGAUGACCAACUUCCACAAUUUCAAACUAUAGAAAGAUAUGAAAAUGAAGUUAUGGAUAUUGUGGAUUAUCUAACUUUAAAUGAAAAACAAAAAAAAAUUUUUAAACGAAUAGAACAACAUUAUGAAAAAGCAAUGUUUAUAUUACCAAAAUGGUCUGAUGUUGAUGCAAUUAAUAUAGAUAAGCUUGGAUCUUUAAACUAUCUUAUUGCCAAAAUUCUUGCUGUACAUACUGGUGAUCAGGAAGCAAAAGGUCUUAAAUCACAACUUUUGCUAGCUAAAA